AUUUAUUUUAUUAUUUUUAUUAAAUAAUUAUUUUUAUUAAAUUAUUUUAUUUGAUAAUUAAUUGGAAAAUUGGAAAAUAAAAUAAUUAAUUUGAAUAGUGAAAAAUGUCCCAUCGUAAGUUUGAGAGGCCGAGAUCUGGUUCUUUGGGAUUCCUGCCUAAAAAGCGUUCUAGGACUCACAGGGCUAAGAUCCGUUCAUUCCCCAGUGAUGACCCCGCUAAGCCACCGCACCUGACAGCUUUUGUCGGAUACAAGGCUGGUAUGACACAUGUGGUCACUGAGGUGGACAGGCCCGGCUCGAAACUGCACAAGAAAGAAGUUGUGGAGGCGGUUACCGUUGUGGAAACGCCGCCAAUGGUAUGCGUAGGACUGGUGGGAUACGUAGAGACGCCCAGGGGACUGAAGGUCCUGGGAACAGUUUGGGCUGGACAUUUGUCAGACGAAUUAAGGCGCAGGUUUUAUAAAAAUUGGUACAAAAGUAAGAAAAAAGCAUUUACAAAGUACGCAAAGAAAUUUGCAGAAACGGGAAUGGAACAGGAGCUGAAAAGGAUAAGAAAUUAUGCCACCGUCGUCAGAGCACUAAUGCAUACACAACCUUCCAAGACUUCUCUUUCACUGAGGAAAGCACAUUUACUUGAAGUUCAAGUUAACGGAGGGACCACAGAUGAGAAAGUAAGUUAUGUGGUGGGUUUGUUUGAGAAGAGUGUGCCGGUAUCGACGGUGUUUGGUGAGAAUGAGAUGUUGGACGUGUUGGGUGUUACUAAGGGUCACGGCGUCAAGGGUGUGGUUUCUCGUUACGGAGUGACAAGACUACCCCGUAAGACUCACAGGGGUUUAAGAAAAGUCGCGUGUAUCGGCUCAUGGCAUCCGGCACGGGUACAAUUCCAAGUACCCAGACAUGGUCAAAAAGGCUACCACAAGCGUACGGAACGGAAUAAGAAGAUUUAUCGACUGGGACUGGGCAGUUCAGCGAGGAACGGUUCUACAGACUCAGAUUUGACUGAGAAGACAAUUACGCCAAUGGGCGGUUUCCCACACUACGGCGUGGUCAGGGAAGACUUCCUCAUGCUCAAGGGAUGCAUUCCGGGGACUAGAAAACGAGUCAUAACGUUGAGGAAAACGUUGGUGCCACAGACCUCAAGACAUGCACUGGCAGAAGUUAACCUCAAGUUUAUCGACACUUCCUCCAAAUGGGGACACGGACGCUUCCAAACAUCCGAAGAAAAGAAAUCAUUCUACGGACCACUCAAAAGUAAUUAAUCCAUUAAUAUUAUAACCCCACUUA